UGACAAAAAAACUUAGGUGGCAACGCUGUCAACUUCCCAACGGCCCAUUCUAAUUGUCAAAAGCGCCGUGUGAGCACGUAAAAUAGUUUAGUAGAUUGUAAAAAAAAGGGAACAGAAAGACAUCGAAAAUGAGCGCCAACCAUAACGAGGGGCCAACGACCAGCGCAGCCGCAGCCGGCGGCGAUGGCGAUGGCAGCGGCAACGGCAAGAAAAACGACGACAAGGGCAAGGGGAAUGGCAGUGGAAGUGGAAACGGAAAGGACAACGGCAGCGGCAAUGGGAACGGCAACAGCAUGGAUCGCAAACGUUUCAAUGUCAAGAAAUGGAAUGGCGUUGCUCUCUGGUCCUGGGAUAUAGUCGUCGAUAACUGUGCCAUUUGUCGCAAUCACAUUAUGGAUCCGUGCAUUCAAUGCCAGGCGAAUCAGUCGACCAACAGCGGCUCCGAGUGCACCGUCGCCUGGGGCUCGUGCAAUCAUGCCUUUCACUUCCAUUGCAUCUCGCAUUGGCUGAAGACGCGUCCCGUCUGCCCCCUGGACAAUCUCGAAUGGAACUUUGAGAAAUACGGACGUUAGUCAGCUAUCGAGAUUUAUGCACAUUUAUAUAUGUGAAUACAAAUAUAUGUGAUCAAUUCUUUGAGAGAAUCGAAGAUAUUA